UUCACGUCAUUUCUGCUAAAAAAAAAAAAAAAAAGUAAUGUAUUUGUGGUGUCUAGAGUUUUAUUGUGAUACCUAAGUCUAGGGAAUGUGGUAAAACCUCAGCAGCACACAUAAAGCCUGCAAUUCAUGGCUGUAGCUAGACCCUUCGCACCUGUCCUGCAUCUAGAAAUUAUUUCCGUGACGGUAAGGAGAACAACUGGUGGAGAAUGUGGACAGUGAAUCCAAAGCAGAGGUUUUGCCCACUAACAAGCAGCUUCUAGCAGGGGAUGAAAGCCAGCCGAGUUCCAACCCUGGUGCCCUCUCCACGCAGGCCCACUACCGUGUUUAUUUCGGAAAAAAGUUUCUCAGGAGACUAAAGGAUUUGGGGGCAGCUGACGCCACUGGAGGAAAAUGAAUUCACCUGGGGAACAGGGGAAGGGCUUAAGGUUGCCGCUCCAGGCACAGCUGCCGGAAAUCCUAGCCUUUUUUUCUAACUUCGCGGACAGCGGGCCAACUCACGCCAGCUGGCAAAGAGGCAGGGCAUUUCCUCCUAGCGGGCGGAAGGGCAGCGCUUUCGCCCAACCAAGAAGUCCCGCUACCCCGGCUUCUCAACCUGCUUCCGGUUUUCUCCCCGCCUAUUCCGUUUCCGGCCGUUCCCACUCCUCUUUUCGUCGGCAUUGGUGUUCCGCAAGCUGGCAAAAAAGGGAAAGUGGCCCAGAUGCUAAGUUCUGUGGCCGCCGCAGGAUCUGUGAAGGCGGCGUUGCAGGUGACCGAGGUGCUGGAAGCCAUCGUGAGCUGCUGUGUGGGGCCCGAGGGGCGGCAAGUUUUGUGUACGAAGCCCACUGGCGAGGUGCUGCUCAGCCGGAAUGGAGGCCGCCUGCUGGAGGCGCUACACUUAGAGCAUCCCAUAGCCAGGAUGAUAGUGGACUGUGUUUCCAGUCAUCUCAAAAAAACAGGAGAUGGUGCAAAAACAUUUAUUAUCUAUCUUUGCCGUUUGCUUAGAGGACUUCAUGCAUUCACAGAGAGAGAAAAGGAUUCUUUGAUGUGUGAAAACAUUCAAAUGUACGGAAGGCAUUGGAAAAAUUGUCAGUGGAAAUUUAUUUCCCAGGCUCUCCUAACGUUUCAGACACAAGUAUUAGAUGGUAUUAUGGACCAGUACCUAAGCAGACACUUUUUGUCUAUCUUUUCAUCUGCUAAAGAGAGGACAUUGUGUAGGAGCUCUUUAGAGUUGCUCUUAGAAGCAUACUUUUGUGGAAGAGUGGGAAGAAAUAAUCACAAAUUUAUUUCACAGUUAAUGUGUGACUACUUUUUCAAGUGUAUGACUUGUAAAAGUGGGAUUGAUGUAUUUGAGUUAGUGGAUGACUGUUUUGUAGAGUUGAAUGUUGGUGUCACUGGCCUUCCUGUUUCAGAUUCCAGGAUCAUAGCUGGGCUUGUGCUUCAGAAAGACUUUUCUAUGUACUGCCCAGCAGAUGGUGACAUACGAAUGGUGAUAGUAACAGAAACCAUUCAGCCUCUUUUUUCCACUUCUGGAUCAGAGUUUAUUCUAAAUUCAGAAGCACAGUUUCAGACAUCUCAAUUUUGGAUUAUAGAAAAGACAAAAGCAAUAAUGAAGCAUCUACAUAGUCAGAAUGUAAAAUUGCUCCUGUCUAGUGUGAGACAACCAGAUUUCGUUAUUUAUUAUGCAGGAGUGAAUGGUAUAUCAGUGGUUGAGUGUUUAUCAUCAGAAGAAAUUUCUCUUAUCCAGAGGAUCGUUGGUCUUUCCCCAUUUGUACCACCACACGCCUUUUCACAGUGUGAAAUUUCUAACACUGCUUUGGUGAAAUUUUGUAAACCUCUUAUCCUUAGAUCAAGAAGGUAUGUUCAUCUUGGCUUGAUUAGCACAUGUACAUUUAUACCACACUGUAUAGUUCUUUGUGGACCAGUUCAGGGUCUCAUUGAACAACAUGAGGAUGCUUUGCAUGGAGCAUUUAAAAUGCUUCAGCAAUUAUUUAAAGACCUUGAUCUAAAUUAUGUGACACAAGCCAAUGACCAAAAUGACACUGCAAGUCUUUUUAUUUGUAAGAACAGUGGAGAAAGUUAUCGGGUACCGGAUGCUGGUAAUGGCUCAAUACAAAAGCCUUAUCCAGACACAGUUGUAGAAAACAAAGAUGAAUUGGAAAAAACUCAAACAUAUUUAAAAGCAUAUUCAAAUUUGGCAAUUUCAGAUGUAGAAUUAGAAACAUGUAUUCCAUAUUCAACCCCCAAACUGACACCAGCAGAUACAUUCCAAACAGAUGAAACGCUGAGAUGUUUGUCUUUGGAAGAAAACAGCCUAAUUGGUGAUUAUGAAGCAUUACUCAAGAGCAGUUCCACUGCUUAUUCAACAAGAGGAAACAGUAGAAUAGAAAUUUGUUAUGAAAAUUUACAGGUCACAAAUAUUACUGGAAAGGGAGGCUUGUUACCAAUGAGCUACAAGUUACAGAAUAUGGGUACUUCCCAGAGUUACCUUUCCUCAUCUGUGCCAGCUGGUUGUGUUUUGCCAGUAGGCGGUAAUUUUGAGAUCUUGUUACAUUACUAUCUUCUCAACUAUGCCAAAAAAUGCCAUCAAUCAGAAGAAACCAUGGUUAGUAUGAUAAUAGCUAAUGCACUUUUAGGCAUUCCCAAAGUCCUUUAUAAAUCUAAAACAGGAAAGGACAGCUUUCCACAUAUGUAUAUAAGAGCUCUCCAUGCACUGCAAACCAAUCAACCCAUAGUAAGCAGUCAGGCAGGUUUGGAAUCAGUAACUGGUAAAUGCCAGCUGCUAACUUCAGUUCUUCAGUGUUUGACACAAAUAUUAACCAUUGACUUGGUAAUCACCGUUAAGAGACACCCUCAGAAAAUUCACAGUCAAGAUUCUGAAGAUGAACUAUAACAUCGGAAGCUUUUAAUUAACCAAACUUUUCAUCUUAACUCAAACCAAGUAAAGCAGGCAUGUGACCACUGAUUCUGAAGUCAGUUCAGUCUACUUAGGAAAAUACCAUACCUUUAAAAGUCUUUAGAAGAAGCACAGUAAGGUCACCAGACGAGAUGCAAAUAUUACAUUACUUUGUGGGACAAAACUAGAGGGGAAGCCAAGAUUUGGCUAAGUGUGUCAGUUUUUUCCCUGUUUUAUGCUUCUGUGUCUCAGCUCUAUGUUAGCCUAUGUGUUUAGAGGAGGGUGUUGCUUUAUUCCUCCUUUUUAUUCUUGUGUAUCUUUUUCACUGUAGUCCUCCUUCAUCUUUAUAUGUUUGGUUCAUAGAAUCAUUUAAUCUCUGAUUUGGAUGGGCUUAGUCUAAUUGUUUAUAAUAUUGAAUAUGUUAUUUGCUUUAUUUAAUUUUCCCUACUCAUACUUUAUAAAGCAGUGAGUAAAAGACUCAAAAUGUUUUUUUCAAAAAGCAUAAAAUUAAUUUUUACUUUUAUGUGGUCAUUGGUUUGUUGCCAUUUCAUUUGGAAAACCUUGGAUAGAUUUUCACCUUCCAUAUACCUUUGGAUAUAUGUUAGUUAAAAUAUAACUGUGUAUUGUGAACUCUUUCAUUUUUUUAGUAAAAGGUUAAUACUAGAAAGGAUAUACAAUUAAUACUUUCAUUUUCUCCUGACCCAAGAGCUUGUAAGGAUAUUUUAUGUAUUUACUGUUUUUUCUUAUAUUUGGUGAAUAGCCAGUAACAAAUAAUUUGACAGUUUAUAUUUCUAAUGUUUAUUUCUAAUUUAUUUCAUUUACAAAUGUUCAUAUUUUAUUUUAAAAGCUUAUCAAUGUAAUACUAUGCAUUUUGCCAUGGACAAGAACAGUGUCUUCUACAUUUAUUAGACUAAUAAAUGUGUUGACUAAUGUGUUUAAAAACUAUAAUAUCACAAUUUUUAUAUUAAACAUAAUUCUCGCUUUUUAAACAUUUAUGCUAUAUGAUACAUUGUUUCUGUGAAUAUGGAGAGAAUAAAUUAGCUCUAUUACCAAAUUCAUGGAUGAAUUUAAAAUUGCUGCAUAAUAUUUUUAAUUUUUUUAAAUUGUUUUUCAGGUUAUUUGGUCACUCUGCUUUUUGUGUGGUUGUUUUAAACACUCCUUCAUUACUGUAAGCAUUUAAUGACUUCCAGACAUGCCCAGUGCUUUGCACAUGGUAAGCAUUUAAUAGGUAUAAGUAGUCACUAGUCCCGCAGCCCUUUUGUGAGGCUGGACUGGGUCUUUGUACGUUUGGCACUUGUUCUAAUAUCUUACACACAAUAGAUGCCUGUUAAGGGCCUAUUUGUUGAAUGAAUUAGUCAUUUGGUCCUCAUAGAUGAGAUUAUAAUUUCUAUAAACGUUCAUGGGCAAAGGAUCUAUUUUGAGGAGGAGCAGAAAGUGUAGAACAGAUCUACAGAAAGUAAUUCUUUUUCUUUUCCUUAAAAGAAAUCUCUCAAAAAUAGUGAUAACACUUUCAUGGAUUUAUCCUUAUUUACAGAAUAACAGUAGGGAGUUUACAUUCCUGAGCUAGAUAGGAAAGCUUUUUUAAAAAUGUAAUUACAUUGUAUUUAUACCCUCCACCACAAAGGAUGUUAAGUGACCUGCAGUAAGAACAGACCAUCUCCACCCAAGAAAAGGAACAGACAAAAUUACAGUAAAAUCUGAAUAAAAAUUAAAGAAUCAAGACCAAGGAAAAUGUAGAGACAAGUUAAAAUCAAGAUCGUGUUUCUAUUUUGUACUGCUGCAUAAUGAAUAAUCCUAAAACUUAA